CUCGGUUGGCUGUUUCUGGAUCCACACCAGCCAGUUUCAGUCUCGUGUCAGCAGCAAGCAGUUGAUCGUCGUCAUGCUUGUGAUCUACGGUGUUGAUACCAAGUGUGCGGUCCAUGCUUCUGCAUGAUCAGCUCCAAAUCAUCCAUGACGGCUACUACGAUUUGUUUAUAAUUUCCGGUUAAUUCUUUGAUUUAUUUACAACAAAGUAUACUGUUCUAUACUUACAAUUUUUGUGAUUUUCCUACUUGUGAUUUCCAUUGAGAUCAAUCAGUUCUUGCCUAAGAGCGAUCUAGAUUCUCGGCUAAUUGGAUGCAGUUCAAGGACUCUGACACUGUCUUUAAAAAAAAUUUUAUUAGCAGUGAUACUUUUCAUUGGAACAGUGGAUCAAUUUAUAAAUAAUUUGAAAGAGACGUUGUUGAUAUUUAGUUGUGACAGAAUGAAGUGAUGAUUCUUUCAUAACAAUUGAAUUUAAUUAUUGCUGUUAAAAAAAAAUAUUGGAGUAUAAAGUGCGUUAAUUAAUGAAGAUCUGUGGAUAAUUUAUAAAACGAAAACAAUAUGAUGCCUGGUAUUAUUUUUUUAUCGUCAAUCUUGAUCGUGAUUUUUGCCGCUGCUAUUUCGGCGGCACCAACACACGGGCAUGCGAUUGUUCCCGCCGCAGAUCAAUGCGACUGGACUGGAAGUGGUGGAGGCGGUCGGGGAGUACGACCAGUUUAUCUCAGAUGCUCGAGAGGCACCGUGUCGUGGCGAUAUCCACGGGGUGCCCUGAGAGUUGUUUUAUCUGGAGGAAAUGAUGGGAGAAGUUUCCGCGGGUGUGUUAAAGCAUCUGGUCCAGCACGAGUUUACCUCGAGGGCAAGGGGACUUUGAGACUUGUUUAUGCCCCCGGUGAUGGCAAACACGAAGCGCUGCAUCGGUGCUUCCAUUCCAGAGGACAAUUGGCAGCGUUGUAUGUCGAGGCGGACGAAACGACCCCGGCUCGUGGUACUGUUAAGUUACGUUACGACUUGGAGCUGGAGCACGUCGACAACGCGGGAAGAAAUGUUAGGAGAGAUGAAGAAGCCGAGUGCAGACCCUGCACUAAAGAAGAACUUGCUGAGACCUACUGCAAGAGUGAUCUUGUUGCUCGCGGGACAGUUAGUGCCGUUGAAAAGAGGCCGGAUCUCAACGCCGCUGAGAUUAUCCUCCGAGUGACUAAAACUCUGAGACGUGUUGAAGAAACUGAGGACAACGAAAUAGAUUCAGGUGACCUUCGACUUCAGAGAGAAAUAAGAGUCAGACUACCGACAGCUUGCGAUGCGCGACAUGGACAGGGAGAAUUUGUGAUAAUGGCUAAGAAAAGACUUGGCGAUCUUACCCUGGCCUGUGCCCCCAGACUCGAAGCCUGGGCCGAAGCUGUCCGCGAACUCCAAAGUGCUCCUUGUUUUCUAAAAAGUUGAAAGAAAAGAAAAGAAAAGAAAAGAAGAAACUAUAGAUAAAAAAAUAAUAAAUUAUUAUUUUAAUCGCCUGUAAAGAGAGUGUAAAUAAUUAUAUAUUAAUAUUUUUUUGUGUGUACAUACUAGAGUAUCUUGAGAAUAAGUCGUCGAUCUCCAAACUGUGAUAUUGAUUUGUAAGAAGAAAUUUAAAGAGAUGGAUUUAUGAUCGUAUAUAUUUGCUUGUAUAAUAAAAAUAAAAUUAAAACUUAUUAUUAAUUUAAAUAAUUA